AUGGCAGGAAUGGCAAUUGCAGACAUAUUAACCGGCACUUUUACCGUCAAGGCUGGGCAUGCCCAGAUGCUGAAGGGCGGCGUCAUCAUGGACGUAGUUACGCCUGAGCAGGCGGAAAUCGCCGCAGAGGCAGGGGCCGUGGCUGUCAUGGCCUUGGAGCGCGUGCCGGCAGACAUUCGCGCGGACGGGGGAGUGGCCCGGAUGACCGACCCGUCCAUUAUCACGCGGAUCAUGGAUGCGGUGAGCAUUCCGGUUAUGGCGAAGGUGCGGAUCGGUCAUUUCGUCGAAGCGCAGAUCCUCGAGGCCCUCGGCGUCGACUACAUCGACGAGUCGGAAGUGCUGACCCCGGCCGACGAAACUCACCAUAUUUGGAAGCACGAGUUCAAAGUGCCCUUUGUUUGCGGCUGCCGGGACUUGGGCGAGGCACUGCGCCGCAUUUCCGAAGGGGCAGCGAUGAUCCGAACAAAGGGCGAGGCCGGCACGGGCGACGUGGUAGAGGCGGUGCGGCAUAUGAGGGCGGUGCAGGACAACAUCCGCAAGCUCCAGACCAUGCCCGACGACGAACUGGUGGUCGAGGCCAGGGAUCUGCGGGUGUCGCUGGAUCUGUUGCAGGAGACCCGCGAGCAGGGCCGGUUGCCGGUGGUUAACUUUGCUGCCGGCGGCGUGGCUACCCCCGCCGACGCGGCGCUGAUGAUGCAGCUGGGUGCUGACGGCGUGUUCGUAGGUUCUGGCAUAUUCAAGUCUGGAGACCCGGCGAGUCGGGCCUAUGCCAUCGUGCAGGCUGUUACCCACUACAACGACCCAAAGAUCCUGGCCGAGCGGGGCUACCGGCACACAGAAUUGAAAAUAGGCGUAUUAGCGGUACAGGGCGACUUCGCCGAGCACAUUGCGAUCCUGCGGAGCAUUGACGUGGAGGCUCGGGAGGUCAGGUUGCCGGAGCAUCUCGAGGCUCUGGACGGAUUGAUUAUUCCCGGCGGAGAGAGCACCACCCUGAGCCGCCUGAUGACGAUAUACGACCUGCGGCAGUCGGUGGCCGGCAUGGUUGCCGAUGGCCGCCCGGUUUGGGGUACCUGCGCUGGCAUGAUUAUGCUGGCGAACGAGAUCACCGAACAGGACCCUGUUCCCUUGGGGCUCAUGGACAUCGGUGUUCAGCGCAACGCUUUUGGUCGACAGGUCGACAGCUUCGAACAGGAGCUUCAGAUCACCCCCCUCUCCCCGGAGCCAUACCACUGCAUAUUUAUUCGCGCGCCCGUGGUUUUCCGCGUCGGAUCGUCGGUGGAAGUGCUGGCCAGCCUCGAUGACGGGGCGCCCGGUGGCUGUACAGCAAGGCAACCUCUUGGCGACGGCUUUUCACCCCGAACUCACCCGCGAUACGCGGGUGCAUCAGUAUUUCUGCAGUAUGGCGGAAUGAAUUCUUCAGUUGCCGUUCCAUAG